AUGGGGGCUGCUGGCUGGAUUUGCAUGAUCGAAGGGGGGCUGGUUGCUCGAUUUCAUGGAUCCCGGCCAAACAAAAAAGAGCCCUGCCGGUGCCGAGGGGGGGCUGAAGCCCCUGCUAGCCCCCCCUUGGUUCCGUCCCUGCCUAAACGCGACGAUCUCGCCGCUUGCUCUUUCUCCGGCACUGUCCGCAUCGUUCUUGAUGUCCUCCGCCCUUCCCGCUUCCUCGUCCUGAACUCUCUCGACCUCGCCAUCGCCGCCGGAUCCGUUACCUUCUCAUCCGGCGAUCAGCGGCUCGUCCCCGGCGUUGUCGUCCUUGAAGAGGAUGAUGAGAUCCUUGUUAUCGGUUUCUAUGAGAACCUUCGUUCCGGCACCGGCGUUUUGGAGCUCGGAUUCUCUGGGGUUCUCAACGAUCACAUGAGGGGCUUCUAUAGAAGAUUUCAACUGUUGUUACGCAUGAAGUGGCACAUCAGUGGUUUGGAAAUCUUGUUACAAUGGAAUGGUGGACUCACCUGUGGCUUAAUGAAGGUGAGCUAUUUAGCCGCUGAUGCAUUUUUUCCUGAGUGGAAUAUAUGGGCUCUUUUUCUGGAGCAAACUGCUGGAGGUCUAAAAUUGGAUUCCCUAACUGAAUCACAUCCAAUUGAGGUAGAUGUGGCCCAUGCUCGUGCUGUUGAUGAAAUAUUUGAUGCAAUAAGCUACAAAAAAGGAUCAUCCAUUAUUCGGAUGCUAGAAGCUUAUCUUGGGUGUGCCAUUUUUCAGAAAUCCUUAGCCGCUUACAUCAAAAGAUAUGCAUGCAAAAAUGCAAAAACAGAUGAAUUGUGGGAAGUUCUUUCAGCAGAAUCAGGCAUAUCAGUCAAAAUGAUGAUGGAAACCUGGUCUAAGCAAAAAGGUUAUCCUGUCAUCCAUGUAAAAUUCAACGACGGUUUCUUGGAAUUUAGGCAGUCUCACUUCUCACUUAGUGGCUCUGUUGAGGAUGCCUACUGGAUUGUUCCAAUAACAUUAUUUGUCGCCUCAUAUGAUAAACAAAAGAAGCUUCUCUUGGACUCUAAAAUGUUGAAGUUGGAGCUAUCUGAGGUUCUUCCCUUGUCAAAACAGAAUGACAAUCAGACUGUAUUGAUUAAAGUUAAUGUUGAGCAAACUGGAUUUUAUAGAGUGAAUUAUGAUGAGACUAUUACUGCUCUUUUACGGGAAGGAAUAAAAUGCGGUAGCUUAUCUGCAGUAGGUGUUUUGGAUGAUUCGUUUGCUCUCUGCAUGGCUGGCCAACAACCGUUGUCUUCUCUGCUUUCUUGGAUGGAUGUGUACAAACACGAGCUUGACUACAUAGUGUUAUCUAGGCUAAUUACCGUUAUACUGGAAGUUUUGAAGCUCACAAGCUGUUCUAUCAGCAACUCAUUCAACAAAUUAAAGCAGUAUUUCAUCAGUCUCCUUGAAGUUUCAGCCCAGAACUUGGGUUGGGAGCAAAAGUCAAAUGAAGAUCACCAAACUGCAAUGUUGAGGGGUGAGGUACUGACUGCACUGGCAAUCUUAAAUCAUGAAAUAACUUCAAAGGAAGCAAUAAGACGAUUCAAUAUAUUCUUGGAAGAUAAAAACAUAACAAUCCUUCCUCCUGACACAAGAAAGGCCACAUAUACUGCUGUUAUGAGAAGUGGCAACACUGGAGACAAGCAAUGGCUGGAAUCGCUUCUGAAACUUUAUAGGGAGACUGAUGUAGCUCAAGAAAAGGCACGGAUUUUGAGUGCAUUGGCGUCUUCUCCAGACCCUGACAUUGUCGUUGAAGCUCUAAAUUUUCUGUUAUCUUCUGAGAUUCGCGAUCAAGAUAUAAUUUAUGGACUCCGUGGGAUAAGCUUGGAAGGCAGUGAAAUAGCAUGGCGUUGGUGAAAGACAACUGGGAGAUCAUCAUGGACAGAUGGGGCCAUCAUUUUCUUCUAACACACUUCAUCCGGGAUAUUGUCAUUCCUAAUUGCAGUGAAAUUAGAGUUGAUGAGAUGGAAGAGUUUUUCCUUGUCCACACCAAGCCACCGGUUGCUAUGACGGUAAAGCAGAGUUUGGAGCAGGCAAGAAUCAAUGCAAAAUGGGCGAUGAAUGUGGCAAAAGAAGAAAAUCUAGAGGAACUAAUUACAGAACUGGCUGAAAAGAACACUAACGAACAUGUGCUCGUCGAAAAUUAAAAGCAUCACACUCUGUCAAAGCGAAGAAAGCAUGUUGUAAAUGUACUGUAAGCCUUUCGUUUCUUGACCAUUUCCCUUCCGGAAUCAGAGGAACUCUAGCAUAAAUUAUAUUCUCGAAAAUAAGCUGUGUAUUAGAAUCUAAGAUUGUUUGCAAAACCUGGCAGUAGAGUCAUUGAAUUCCUCUGUUAUAAAUGAAGGAAAGCAUCAUGCUACAGACAUAAAACUGGUGGUAGUUGAUCUUCAAAGGAAAUUUGGAAGAAUCUUUUAAUCAUUUAUGUGCAUUCCAUGCAAUGAGUUCACGUUGAAAUAUCAUGCUUAUGACAAAUACAUGAUUCUUCUUUUUUCUGUUUUUUUUUUUC